AUGCCACAUAAGAAAACAGCUAUAGUAUCCGUUUAUGAUAAGACUGGAUUGUUAGAUUUGGCUAAGGGAUUAGCGGCUGCUGACGUCCGUAUUUUAGCAUCUGGGGGAACAGCCAAGAUGAUUCGUGAAGCUGGUUUCCCAGUUGAAGAUGUCUCAUCGAUUACACAUGCUCCAGAAAUGUUGGGUGGUAGAGUAAAAACAUUACAUCCUGCUGUUCACGGGGGUAUUUUGGCAAGAAAUCAAAGCAGCGAUGAGCAAGAUUUACAGGCUCAAGGAAUUGAAAAGGUUGACUAUGUUGUCUGUAAUUUGUAUCCAUUCAAGGAGACCGUGUCAAAAGCUGCUGUCACUAUCGAUGAAGCAGUCGAGGAGAUUGAUAUUGGAGGUGUUACUUUAUUGAGAGCCGCUGCAAAGAACCAUGCGAGAGUUGUUAUUUUGUCUGAUCCCAGGGAUUAUGCUGGCUUCUUAGAACAAUUGAAGAUUGGAGAUAUUAGUGCUCAAGCUAGGAAUACAUACGCGUUGAAGGCAUUCGAACAUACUGCUGAUUAUGAUGUCACUAUUUCUGAUUUUUUCAGAAAACAGUAUUCCGAAAACAUUUCUCAAUUGCCAUUAAGAUAUGGUGCCAACCCCCACCAGAAGCCAGCUCAAGCAUUUGUUUCCUGUGGUGAACUUCCAUUCAAAGUUUUGGGAGGAUCUCCGGGGUACAUAAACUUGUUAGACGCUUUGAACUCGUGGCCAUUAGUCAAGGAAUUAUCGGCAUCAUUAAACUUACCUGCAGCUGCUUCAUUUAAACAUGUCUCUCCAGCUGGUGCUGCUGUUGGUUUACCAUUAUCUGACGUAGAAAAGAAAAUAUACUUUGUUGAAGAUAUUGAAAACUUGUCACCUUUGGCAAAUGCUUACGCAAGAGCUAGAGGUGCUGACAGAAUGUCCUCUUUUGGUGAUUCUAUUGCCUUAUCUAACAUUGUUGAUUUGCCUACUGCCCAAAUCAUUUCCAAAGAAGUUUCUGAUGCGGUUAUUGCUCCUGGGUAUUCCCCAGAAGCACUUGAAAUCUUGAAAAAGAAGAAAGGUGGUAAAUACUGUAUCCUUCAGAUUGAUCCUAACUACACUCCAGAACCUAUGGAAUCAAGACAAGUGUACGGAAUUACUUUACAACAGAAAAGAAAUGACGCUAUAAUUAAGGGCUCUACUUUCAAGGAAAUUGUGUCUAAGAAUAAAGACUUAACUGAACAAGGUAUUCUCGAUUUAACCGUCGCUACAAUUGCGGUAAAGUAUACUCAAUCCAACUCAGUUUGUUACGCUAAGAAUGGUAUGGUAAUUGGUUUGGGUGCUGGUCAACAAUCUCGUAUUCACUGUACUAGAUUGGCUGGUGACAAAGCCGAUAACUGGUGGUUUAGACAACAUCCAAAAGUAUUGGGUUUCAAAUGGGCUAAAGGAGUUAAGAGACCAGAAAAGUCCAACGCUAUAGAUUUGUUUGUUACUGGCCAAAUUCCAAAAACUGAACCUGAGAAAUCUGAAUAUGAGUCCAAGUUUGCCGAAUUGCCUGAACCUUUUACUGAGAGCGAAAGAGAUGAAUGGUCAGCCAAAUUAAAGGAUGUAGCAUUGUCAUCGGAUGCUUUCUUUCCUUUCCCAGAUAAUGUUUACAGAGCCGCAAGGUCUGGAGUUAAAUAUAUCGCUGCUCCAUCUGGUUCGGUCAUGGACCAUGCCGUAUUUGCUGCUGCUGAUUCUAAUGACAUUGUUUAUGUUGAGAAUCCAAUCCGUUUGUUUCAUCACUAA